UAUAUCAAGUUGAAUUUCCAGGUGCUGCUCUCCUGCGCCUCGAAAGCAGGGCAUUCUACAUUUGUCUCCACCAGCGGGACUGCGGCAAGACUUAGCCGAAGUGAGGCUUUCGGCUUCACUGGACGGGCGGCGCGAUGGAGCUUGCUUUCACCGGCGCGUUCGCCUGGGCCGCUUGGCAGGUCCUGGGCAGGCUGCAGAGGCAUGCAGCCAAAAUUGAGAAGAACAUCGAUGAUGGCCUUCUUCUAGGCAUGUGGGAGGAGGAGUGCAAAAACAUGGCGGCUUCCAAAAAGCGCAGCUCCCCGGCUAUGGGUGCGGGUGCUGCUGCCAGCGGCCACCAGCACAUUUUUGAGGACUGGCGCAACAAGAAGCUGCGCCCGCAGCAGAUGAUUCAGCUGGCCUCAGACCUGGCGGAUCUGGCUCAGUGGGCGGGUGUGGGCCGCCACGUGCCGGAGCUUCGUGUGGACGGGCCCGUCAAGGCCUGGGCCGAGUACGGCACCGCGGGCAAGGUGCACCUGCUGCAGGCUGCGGACGCGCUGCAGUUCAACUUCGCGGAGGCGGCCCGGAAGCAGGCGGAGCAGCUGGCCGACAACUGGCUGUGGCAGGUUACAGAGGCGCUGCCUUCCUUGUCUGCCGAGCCGCUGCGCACCACUGCGCCCAACAACGCAAUCGCCAGCCUGAAGACUCGUCUGACUGAGGCGGAGGCAGCUGUGCGCGCCGUCUUCGACGCCGAGCGCACCAGCCAGGCCGCGGGCCUGAAGGGCCUGGUGGAGCCGCUGUCGGUGGCCCGCUGCGCGCGCAACCUGCAGGUGCUCAAGGCGCUGGCGGCCGAGGUGGGACUCAACGCGACCAUGGCCGACCCCGCAGUCGCGGCUGUCCGCACCACCCUAAGCGCGCCGCUGUCACUGGAGGCGGCGGCGCCCGCGGUGGCGGCGCAGAAGACGGCUGCUGCUGAUGCCGUCAACUCUGAGGCGGACGCAGCGGUGGCGGCGGAGCGUUCUGCGCGCGUCGCGGAGAUUGAGGCCGCGGCCGCCAAGACCUACCGUCGCGCGCUGGUGCUGCAGGCCUCCUCGCCCACCCACUGGCACAUGUCCAGCGAGACGCCCGCGCUACACCGCCUGGGCCUCAUGUCGGCGCUUCUCAUGCAGCUGGCCUGCGACAGCGCGGCCGGCACGCCGGAGGGCGAUGCCGCGGCGGCUGAGCUUGCGGAUGCAGUGCGCAAGCUGAUGCCCCAGAUGAGGAUCAAGCUGUCGGAGGAUGACGCCGCCCGCCGCGUCAUGCUCCUGGCGGCCCUCACACCAGCACCUCCCGCGCCCCCGCCCGCUCCCAAGCCGGAGCCGGAGGAGGGCGAGGAGGACGAGGAGGGCAAGGAGGGCGAGGAGGGUGCUGAGGAGGGUGAGAAGGCUGAGAAGGAGGAGGUGCCCCCGCCGCCCGCCCGGCCCAGCCCCGCCGAGGCUGCCCAGGGCCUGGUGUCGCUGAUGGAGGGCGUCAUCCGCGCCCAGCUGGCUGAGGCCGUGGAGGCGCGAAAGGCCGCACGGGCUGCCGCCAAGGAGGCCAAGGCCGCCGCCGCAGCUGCCGCCAAGGCCGCGCAGGAGGAGGCCCAGGCCGGCGAGGGCUCCGAGGAGGCAGCUGAGAAGGCCGAGGAGGCGGAGGAAGUCGCUGCCGAUGCGGAGGAGCAGGAAGAGGAGGAGGAGGAGGUGGACGUGCCCACUGCCGCCGAGACGGUGGACGUGGCGGCUGUCCGCAAGGGUGUGGAGCAGGAGGCACGCUCCCGCUCUGACGCGGAGAAGGAGGCGGCGAUGCUGAAGCUGGAGGACGCUCUGGGCGCGCUGAGGGAGGCCACUGCCGCCAAGGCCGUCACGGGUCUGGUGGAUCGCCUGGCGGUCACCGCCCCCCCUGCUGCCAAGGGCGACGAGGAUGGCGCUGUGGAGGAGGAGGAGGAGGAGGAGGAGGAGGAGGAGGAGGAGGAGGAGGAGGAGGAGGAGGAGGACGAGGCCGAGGAGAAGGAGGCAGCCCCGGCCGCCCCCGCCGCUGCCCCGCUGGAUGCGGGCUCACGGCUGCUGGCACUCGAGUCGCUGCUGCGUGACGCCGCCAAGGCCUCGGACGCCGGCCUGGCCGCCGCCACCGCCGACGCCAUCGCCAAGCUGACCGACGCUGACCUCGCUGCGCUGGACGGCGCCACCUCCUCCGCGCUGUCUGCGCUGUCCGCCCACCUGGCGCUGGUGAAGCUGGUGGCGGACACCGGCAAGCUUGACCUGGCGCCGGGCGCGUGCGACACACUGCGCCGUGUGGAUACCUGGCUGGCGGAGCAUGAGUCGCAGGCCGCUGCUGCCGCCGCUGAGGCCGCUGAGCCGCAGCCCGCCACUGAGACCGUGGUCGAGGAGGGUGAGAAGCAGGAGGGCGAGGCCGAGGCUGAAGCCGAGACCAAGGAGGAGACGCCCGCCCCCGCCCCCGCCAAGCCGAAGACCGCGGACCCCGCCCGGCUGGCUGAGGGUCGCCGCCUGGUGUCUGAGCUGCUGGGCGAGGGCCUGGUGCUGCUGGAGCUGCCGCCCGCGUCCUACCGCAAGCUGCAGCUGCUGCGCGAGGCCGUGGACAAGCUGGACCCGGUGGCUGGGGACGGCGCGGUGCAGCAUUCCGCCAUCAAGACCCUGGGCGAGGUGGUGUCGCAGCUGGGGCCCAUCGGCGGCUCCGUGGACGCACGCCUGAGCCAGGUGUCGGACGAGGGCGAGCGGGCCAAGCUGGGUGAGGUGCGCUCGGCGGCUGUGGCCAUCUAUGGUGCGCUCACCACCUUCCUGCGCCUGGAGACUGAGACGUGGACGGAUGCCAAGUCCACACUGGACAAGGCACGCACUACUGUGUUCGGCCUUAAGGUGGAGCGCAAGGCGGCCACGCUGUCGGAGGGCGUGGAGGCCUGCGGCGGUGUGCACGCAACCUGCGUCAAGCUGGGCGGGAUGGUGAGCGCGCUGGGCUCGCAGCCGGCCAAGGCCGCUUCAGGGCGCGCCAAGACGGCGCUGCAGGAGACGGCCGAGCAGGCGCACAGCACUGCGGCCGCCCUGGAGGAGUACCUGUCGUACGUGCGGCUGCGGGAGCACGCUCUGGGCGGCGCCGUCAGCGCCCCUGCCGAGGUGGAGGACACGUUCGAGCUGCAGCUGCCUCAGCUGGACGAGAUGACCGGCAAGCACAACGACGAGGCGGUGUGGCUGGACCUGGCGGGCAUGGGGCUGCCGGCGGUGGACGAGGAGGAUGAGGCGUCGGCUGAGGCGCAUGAGGAGGCGCUGGCAGGUCUGCAGGAGCGCUUGGAUGGCUGGCACAUGACCGGCCUGCGCCUGCUGGCGCGCGGCCAGGCGGCGCUGGUGACGCUGGGCGGUGCCACCACCGAGGCGGGCGAGCUGCGCCUGACCGCCGACAUCGGGCUGCCCUCCGCCAAGUCGCUGCUGCAGCUGUGCGCGGAGAAAAUCAGGCGGCUGCAGAUGAUGGCGGCGGAGAGCGUGAGCGGCCCCAACAGCGGCGUGGCCAACCCGCUGCACUGGUACCUGCUGGUGCCCGCCGCUGCCGAGCAGCCGCUCAAGGACUUCCUGGCUGCCAACGAGCACUUUGGGCUGCUGCCCAGCCAGGUGCACGUGGCCGUCAAUGACGUGCGGCCGCCGCUGCUGACCGAGGAGGGGCUGCAAGUGGUGCUGGACAGCACCGGCACCCGUGUGGCCCGCAGCCAGCCCGGCAGCGGCGAGGUAUUCCUGGCGCUGCGGCGGUCGGGCGCCCUGGCGCACAUGCGCAAGGUGGGCGUGCGCUGCAUCGAGGUGGAGACGGUGGAGGACAACACCAUCGCGCGACCGCUGGACCCAGCCUUCCUGGGCGCCUGCUCCGCCACUGCCAUCGACGCUGCUGCAAAGGUGGCGGUGCCGGGCGUGCAGACCGAGGGCACCUCGGCGCUGCCCGAGCUCUACUCGCGCUACCUGGAGCUGCUGGGCACCUCCUCGCCGCUGCUGGAGCGACUGGGCGACUACGUGCCCGCCAUCGGCACCUACUAUUUCUCCAUGGACUUUGUGAAGCGGGUGGACAAGCUGCUGCGCGACCGCCCCAUGGCGCUGUAUCGACUGGCGCCCGCAGACAAGCUGCCCAGCAGGGCGGCGGCAGCACCCGGCAAGGCGCCUGCGCCUGGCGGCGGCGCUGCGGGCUACCGGCUGGAGCGCCGGCUGUCGGACUUCGCCUCGCCGGCGGUCUGCUCGUUGAUUGACGGCGUGCAGCUGGCCAUGGUUGCGGUGGACGUGGCGGCGGAGUUUGCGCCGGUGUGGGGCACCGCGCCCUUCUACAAGACCGCCUCGCCCACCUCGGCGGUGGACGCUAUGCUCCUGCAGCAGACGCGGUGGGUUGAGGAGGCUGGCGGCGCGCUUGAGGACGAGGAGGAGGGCGUGGUGGAGGUCAGCCCGCUGGUAUCGUACGCGGGCGAGGGCCUAGCGCCGCUGGUGGAGGGCAAGGUUUUUGCGGAGGCGUACGUGCAUGAGCUGCAGGGCUUCGACGCGGCGUCAACAGGCGCAGGAGGCAAUGCUGGUGUGUGGGCGGUGCCGGCAGUCGUGGCAUUCGCCGGGGCCGCGGCACUGCAGGUCGUCAAGGGCAAGUGAGGUGGAUGUGGGCGAGCUGCUGAGUAGCCCUAGUUGAUGAACGCGUGCAUGUGUUGCGGGCGGAUGACUUGUUGGUGGUUGCAACACGGCGAAGAGGGCCACGGCGUGGACGAUCGUGGUUGCUGCUCGGAGCACGGCUGCGAGAUCGCACGGCGUAUAGAUGGGCAUACCAACUGCCUGUACUCGGACUUAGGUUCAAUACGCGGACCAAUUCGUGUCCUUGGGGUCUCCAAAUUACAAUGUAAGAAAGAAGUACC